GUCCCAUCUGCCAUAGCACUUAGUAACAGAACCAUAUGCAGAAUGGAUUCUGAUUUCUCCUCCCUGCCCAUCCAUAUGCAGGCUGUCCCUACCAAAUCUUAUUGUUUGCAAUGUUUCUACUUUAGGUCCUGUUUCUUCUGAUUUGACAAGAAAGACAAUUUUGUAAUAAUAAAUUACAUUCUAGCUCUGAAGAAGAAUUCAGCUGAGAAAUUUUAUCUUCAUUAAGAGUUAAUGGAUAACUACAGAAUGACCACUGAAGUAAUAUUACAUUAUCGACCAUAUGAAAACGAUCCCAAACAGCUGGCAAAAAUUGCAGAAAAUGUAAUUCAAGACUUUCCUACUCACCCACUAUCAAAAUUUAUUCCUUGGUUUCCACAUGAUGAGUCCAAACUUCCACUCAAGCCUGAAAGAUUACCACCAGUAAUUUCUGAAGAGGCUGCUGAGAAUGUGAAGCAGUACUUAACCGUUUCAGAACCUAGUGUUAAAUCCCAGAGCUAUGAUUGCACAGUAGAUCUUUUGGAGUUUCAACCUAGUUCAAAAAUGCAGUACUUAAUCCAGUCACACACACUGAAGGAGCAGACUAAUUCAGCAAAUUUGGAUAAAAGUUCAGGAAAAGAAAAACAGCACAAGAAGAGAUGCUGGAGUGUUUCACUUGCCAGCAAACAUUGUCCAGAAAAGAUUUUUCCUUUGUCUAGAAAAUUGCAAGCUAGUUUAAAGACACUACAUUUGCACUCCUUUCAUAGAGCAAGGUGGACUUUAGAAUACAGUGUUUGCAACAACCAGACUCUGGAAGAUAUUUGGACAAAACUCAAUCGCCUUAUCAGGCACAAUGAACUUCCUUCUUGCAAUGCUACAAUCCAGAGACAGUUAGGCCAAAUAUGGGUGUUCUGUGAUAUUAAGUACUGUGAAUAUGUAGGAAAUCUCCUUAAAGAAAGAUUAUCUCUUAUUGGGAAAAUUAAUUUAUUUGUACAUAAAUAUGGUGUUAUUUUUAGUAUGUAA